CACAUACGAAACAGGUGGACGAGAUGAUACGCUCAACGGCCAAUGGCGUUUACGUAAUUUUGAGGGAGACUUGGCUAUAUAAUGGGUGGGGGUCCUCCGCCGUCGAACCCUAAACCGAGAGAGAAGAGAGAGACAGCGACCAAGAUAAGGAGAUACAGCGAUGGCGGAAGAGGGAGCGGUGAUCGCUUGCCACACCGUGGACGAAUGGACCCAGCAGCUCCAACAAGGCAAUGAAUCCAAGAAGCUGGUGGUCAUCGACUUUACUGCUUCAUGGUGUGCACCUUGCCGCAUGAUUGCCCCAAUUUUUGCCGAGCUGGCUAGGAAGUUCCCUGGCGUGCUUUUUCUGAAGGUGGAUGUUGAUGAGCUCAAGUCGGUUGCCCAGGACUGGGCAAUAGAAGCAAUGCCAACUUUCGUAUUCCUGAAAGAGGGAACUAUUGUGGACAAGCUCGUUGGUGCUCACAAAGAUGAUCUGCCAAAGAAGAUCGAGCUGCACAUGCCCAAGUGAGGGCUGCCCCCCAUGCUUGCUGAAGUAUCAUCUAUGCGUAGUAUGUCCUGCAUAUAGGGUCUUGGGUGUGGUUAAUAAACAUUUUAUAGAAUCUUGGAUGUUUUGAGAUUCGGAUAUUGAUGAAGUUGCUGUGUGGUUUAUGUAUCUUGGAUGUUUUGAGCUUCGGAUAUUAAUGGAGUUGCUGUGUGGUUGAUGAUGUGCA